ACACGGCACCUGUACUGCAUUUCAGCUCACACACGCAACAACAUGGAACGCUGCGACUUACCGUAGACCUGCGGAUCGCUGCUGUCAGACCGGAAGAGGAAAAGAGGAACACGUUUGCGUUAUGGAGUUCUAUAAUAUGUCCAUGGUUAUGGAUUGCAUGAAAUGGUAACCAUGAAACCCAACGACCAGAAGACAGAUCCAGCAGCCAUCUAAUGUUAAAUGAGUAAUGGACGGUAUUACCUCCAAGUCUGGGAGUGAUGAUUCGGACUCUCAGCGCUGAUGCAGACGCCGAAGCAGAUGCUUCACACUUUAUGAAUAAACAGUGUUUGGACACCCCGGUGAGUAAUCUCCUGAUCGACCUAUCAGAGCCCGAGUGGUCUCCCCACUGGAUGGGGAGGUUCAAACAGCGCCCUACCGGCGGUGAGCCCCCGAACCCUAACCCUGAAGUGCUAGGCUUGGAAAAUGGCCACGGCUGCACUCAGACGGACCACACAACCCAAACAUUCCUCUCAAACGCGACUAAAGUGGACCCCGACCCGGUUAGACCACAUUCCCCAUGCCGCUUAACUGACGAUUCGAAACAGAAGUCAGCGUGCGCCACACAAACGGAUAAGAUCAAUCUGGCAGCCGACACGCCUCCCCCGCCUCACAGUAUCUUUGCAAAUAACCCGGAAUUAAAGGAGUUGGUUCAAAAAUAUUUAUUCAAAAUCGAAAAGGAACAUGGACAAGGAGGAGACCUCGGUUGCUCCUCGGGAGACAGACUCCGCUGUCCUCCUGAGGAGCACCCCUGUGCCCCAGCCGCAGGCCAUGUGGUUGAAAUGCACCCCAGCGCACUGGAGGAGCCAACGGCGAGGUGGAGUCAAAUCAGGGAGACGCCCCCAUCACUCACGUCCCCACUUCCAACACAAGCAGAAGCAGCGUGGGGCUGCCCCGGUGGUUUGGUGUCCGAGACACGGGAAUCAAACACGUCAGACUCGAAGCGAUGGCCGUAUAGCCAGCCAUCAGGUGCUAAUGGGUUUGACCUAAACCCUACACCUUAUCAGAGUUCAGUAGUACAGGACCCAUUAACAUCCCUAACAUUUUCAGAACCUUUUCACAGCAUUAAAAGGCUUUUAAACGAGACACCCAUCACUGACCGCAGUCCACAGGUGGAGAGUACAGUACUACAGCACCCAGAGUCCAUAGCAUCUUCAGAAUCCUUUCAUAGCAUUGAAAGCCAGGUUAACGAGACGUGCAUCACUGCCCGUCCCGCCCGGGCGCAGAGUGCAGCGAGGGAACCGUUGAGGGUGGAACCCGAGGACACGAGAGGCUCCGCCACCAGCCUGUGUGACGGCGUUCCUGGCGGUGCUGUCCGGUCGGCCCACAGCACGGGCUGGUACCUAGCCCGGGCCGAGACCUACUCCUAUUGCAUCGAUCAAGACACUGUCUUCAGCGACGACGGUCCAGUAAUGGUGAACUGGCACGACGGCAGCGACGUGGAAGAGACGUACGAGGAGAAGUCCUUGGGGAGUGGCGGGCAGGCGGACCGGGGCUACGUGAGCCCGGUCCGCCUUCAGAGGCUCAUGGGCCGACCCUUCCUGGACCAGUAUAUCGAUGAAGAGGAGGAUGGGGGCUUGGACGCUGCGAAGGUGUUACACAGCCAGAGCCUGGGGCCGGUCUACAGCACCAUGGAGGAGAGUAUGCCAGAGGCCACCGUCCAGCUGCUGGCAGACCUGCUACAGCCCGGCUUCUACCCCCCCAAGGACAUCAGCGCCCACCUGCUGAGGGGGCUGCUGCUGGGAGCCCGCUGCCCCCUGCACCUCCGGGUGCAGGCCUUCGAUCUGCUGAUGAAGACGCAGAGACACCACAGAACGGACAGGUCCACCAUCCCAUGGGACUGGGAGCUGUUGAUCACCACCUUGGACAACCAGGAGGACCCCACCAAGAAACACUUCUGUGAGGUGGUUCGGAUGCUGCUGGAGUACGUUCUGCGGACGAUGGAGGACGACUUCAGGGCCAAGCUCUCUUCCGCUGCCCUCAAUGAGUCCAUAGCCAGGGCCUUCUUGUCAUGCACUUCUCAGUUCACAAAAGUCAGAGAGGUCAUGGGGUGGCUGUGCGCUGCCAUCAUAAAAGCAACAGCCGAAGGGGGCGGUGACGAACGGCUCAGAGAGAGGGACGACCACAUCAGGAUGGUGUCGGCCUUCCAGGGGAUGCUCCGUAUGGCCCUGGAGGUGGACUGCUCUCCAGCGCUCAGCGCGUCCCGGCUGUCCCAGGAGCUGUUCCACGCGCUCCUCAUCGUGGUGCCACUCCGCUCCCACAGGAAGCUGUUACUUGAUAGCUUGCAGAGUGAGCUUCUGAAAUGCAAGUUGCUGCAGCACCUGUUGGAGCACAGCUGCAGCGAGAAGACGGCCCUGCCCAUGUGCCUCCCGCUGCUGCUCCACUUCUUGAAGCACAGCACCCUGAGACAGGAGCCCACGGACGGAGCUCACAGAUGGCCCAAGUGGGAGGAGUUGGCAGAGAUGCUCUGGAUGCUACUCUUCAGUUACAACAAGGUCAACAAAGGGGACCUGCGCCGCCCCAUCACAGAGACAUGCGAGCACCCCGCCGCCACCAGCCCAAAGGACGCGGUGCACAGGCUGGCCGUGUGCGAGGCCAUGGAGUCGUUGCUGUCCAGAGCCCGGGCAGACCUGGGCCAUGACCUGCCGGAUCACAUCGAGGAAUCCCUCAGUUACCUCCAGGAUCAGCUGCUCGAUGUCUGUCAGUCCUAAGGUCGCCUCACCAGUAUCCAACAGGACCAGGUCAAAGAUGAAUAUCACUAACCACCGUUUCACCAGAGAUGGUGCUGUACAGUUGGAUUGAUAUAGAGCUUUAUAAAAAAUCUCAUAACAAUU